CUCUGCAAAAUGGAGGAUCACUCUUCUAAUCUCUUUCCCACAUCUUCUUCUUCCUGUCUCUUGGAGGGUUUUGAUAUGGGAAUCAAGAGAGAGAGAUUCCACGUGGCUAAAAAACCUAGGACAGCAGCAGAGAGAUUCUUGUCUGAGGAAAACUGUGAUAGGAUGAUGAUGAAGAAGAAGAAAAAGAGUGAGAAGAAAGUGAAAAGGCCUAGAUUUGCGUUUCAGACGAGAAGCUCGGUUGAUAUUCUUGAUGAUGGUUAUCGAUGGCGGAAAUACGGCCAGAAAGCAGUCAAGAACAACAAAUUUCCUAGAAGUUACUACCGGUGCACUCGUGAGGGGUGCAACGUGAAGAAGCAAGUCCAAAGGCUAUCGAGAGAUGAAAGCAUCGUCGUCACAACAUAUGAAGGGAAGCACACACAUCCAGUGGAAAAACCAAGCGACAAUUUCGAACAAAUUCUCAGCCAGAUGCAGAUUUACCCUAGUUUUUGAAAUAUUGUUGCGUAACUCAAAUUAUAGUAUCC